GACGCAGCAAAAAAAGACGCCAGAGGAGGUCGUGGAGUUCAACAAGAUGAAGAAGAUAUACGAUCAGGCGAUGCUGCACGCGUCGAAGAUCGACAGGAACGUGUCCACGCUGAAGGAGUGGGCAUGGGCGAAGAAGAACCCCGACCUGAUGACUACGUUCAAGGACGCGAACGCCAAG